UGUUAUCUCAGGAGACCCAGGGAAUCUCAAGGGAAGGCUGAGCCUUAGAAGGGAGGAGAGAAAGUGCUUAUACCCCUUCUGACCCCAGUGCUCAGGGGCUCAGACCACCCAUGGAACUUCUGUGUGUGGGUGGAAUGAACAAGCUUUUCACAGGAAACUCUCUCCUAGGGCUGUGUCAGAGGCAGUGUAACCAGAUACAGGCAGGUGAGUCCUCCCCACACCUCCCAGCUCCAACCUCCUGGUUCAGCACAAGGAAAUCUCCUGGGCAACUCUGGGAGGAGCACAGAAGGUCUCACUUCUUUCCAGGGACACUUCCCAAGCCCUUCAUCUGGGCUGACCCAGGCACCAUAAUCACUAUGGGGAGACCUGUGACCAUCUGGUGUCAGGGAUCCCUGCAGGCUGAAAGCUACCAUCUGUAUAAAGAGCAAGUCUCUCAACUCUUGGGUAUGUGGGUUGCAUGGAACUUCAGGGACAAGGCCAGAUUCUCCAUCAAAUCCAUGAGUCCAAACUCUGCAGGGCAGUUCCAGUGUAUAUAUAACAGCUCAAGUGGCUGGUCAGAGAGGAGCGACUACCUGCAACUAGUGGUGACAGGAAUGUACAGCAAACCAUCCUUCUCAGCUCAUCCAAGCCCUAUCGUGGCUUCAGGAGGGAACGUGUCCCUCUUGUGUAACUCAAAGGACACAAUGGACACUUUCCAUCUGCUGAAGGAGGGAGGAGCUGGUCCUCCCCAACACAGGGAAUCUCGGUUCUCUGCUGGGAGGCACCAGGCUGUCUUUCCUGUGGACUCUGUGAACAUCUCUCAUGGAGGCAUCUACAGAUGCUAUGGUUCUUUCCGCUUUUCCUCCCAUGUGUGGUCACACCCCAGUGACCAUGUGGACCUCAAGGUCACAGGAACAUUUGAGAAACCCUCACUGUCAGCCCAUCCAGGCCCCUCAGUGACCUUGGGAGAGAACGUGACCCUGCAGUGUCGCUCAGAGAGCUGGUGUGAUACAUUUCAUCUGUUCAAGGAGGGCUUCAUUGCCCCUCCCCAGCACCUUCAUUGGCAGAACAAUACUGGGCCCUUUCAGGUCAACUUCACCAUGAGCCUUGUGAACUCAGUCCAUGCGGGGACCUACAGGUGCUACAGCUCACACAGCACAUCUCCCUACCUGUUGUCACAACCCAGUGACCCACUGGAGCUCAUAGUCUCAGAAGCAGCUAAUACCACCAGUCUAUCAAAACACAAGCCAGACUUCAAGAGUGCCUCAAACUCCCAAGAUUACACAGUAGAGAAUCUCAUCAGGAUGGGUAUGACUGGUUUGGUCCUCGUGGUCCUCGUUGUCCUGCUAUAUCAGUCAUGAAAGAGCCAAAGAAGUCCCUUAGCUGCAACCAGGAGGUAAACACAAGAGAAGAAAUGCACCAUUCAGAGUGGUAGACUCUUGAAAACAAUUGAUAUUCCAGGAGGUUCUGGCAGAAAACCUAGAGCAUGUGCUGUAUGGACUCUGUGCUGAGAAUCUCAAGGGGGAGGAAACAUUGUACAGGUUCAGGGACAAUGUAUGAGGUACUCCUGUACGGGACUCUGCCAACAAUAAACUGUGGUGUUUUCCAUCU